AUACCUGGGCUCGUUUGCUGGAAGUGACACCUGGGGCUCGGGACAAGAGCAGGAGACCGGGGACAAGGGGCGACUGUAAGAUAGUUUUAUCGUUUUUCAAAUGCUACCGACUUUUGUCCGACGUGUUUGUAAGAGUGUGUAUGUUUCGUUAAACGGUGACAUCCCGGGACCGUUGGGGAUUAAACCAGUUUGUCUUCUCCGUUUGACCGCUGUCAGUGUCCUACAGUUAGCCUUAGCCGUUAGCUCGCUAACAGCUAGUGCUAUCAAGCUAAUAUUAAACAUCGUUAGUCUGACAGUGUUUUAAACUCCAGAAAAGUUACUCUACAUCUGAACGCAAACAACCCCGUCAGGAUACGUUUGGGUAUGUUUAAGUGCGUUAAGUUUAACUGAGGUUAUGUUGACUUAAAUACAUGUUAUUUACACAGCCGAAAGGAGGAAGUAGAAGCGUUAGCAGCUGCAUUAACAUGUAUUUAUCACCGGGAGAGUUUCUGCUCAGGGUACAACUUAGGUACAAUAUAUUGAUCCCUGACAAUCGAUUAUCAUCUGGAAGGCUAGUGAAUGAUAUUUGCAACAUUCUGCUUCUUUGAAGACUAAUUUCGUGAGGUUUUUUGUCAUGGUCAGUUCUUGGAAAUUCCCAAUUGAAUGAUGUUGCACCUUUUAUGAUCACCUUUGUGCAGGUAGUAGUAGCAUACACCUACUAGCCAUAACAUUAGCAACACCUGUGCAAUCAGUGGCUUAAUAAUGCAUUAAUCCCAUCAUAUUUUCUACUCUCAGGAAGUUUGCUUCAUAUUGGCAUGAUCAUACAGGUGGUAAAUGUCACUGAAGUCCAUUGGUGUAUUCAGAUUGCAUUAAUUUGCCUGGCUGUUUGGCAUAAAUUGAAAUAAAUCUACAUAUUAUUGCAGUCUGUGUGGACUUCAGCUAUGAUAAAUUAAGAGUCAUAUGUUACCUGAUACAAAGAACAUAUUUGUUUAUGCAAAUGUUGAUGAGAGGUGUACUGUGGGCACAGAAAGCAAACACUUGUGUAAUCUUUAGUAGAGGAGUUCAGCAGGGAGAAGGUAAGGUGUUACAAGCAGAACAGUGUUAUGUUCAAUGGUGACUGUUGAGUGAUUUUUGUUUGUAAAGAAGACUCACCGACACUGUAAUUUGAUGGUUUUCCGCUGUGUUGUGCUCUCUGAGGCGGUGAGGAUGUCUUUGAAUGACGAGGGUUACGUGGUUCGGAUCAGAGGGCUUCCCUGGUCCUGUACCCAGGAGGAGGUUGCCAGUUUCUUCUCUGGUGAGAAUACACACGUCUGUCUUUAUAUUUUGAGGUAUAACAAUUUUUAAUGUAUGUAAGACAGGGGUGUCAAACUGAACCGCAGCAAAGGCCAUAAUCUGGAUUUAGGUCUAACCUGGGGGCCAAACAGGGUUAACAUUUAACCCAAACUGUCAACCUCAUUUUCAAAAAAUAUGUAACAAAAUAAUUAUAAAUCAUUUGGAAAUUUAAAAAAGAUUUAAAAAAAAAUGUUUAAAGGCAAUCUGAGAUAGAAUAAAUUAUUUAAUUUUUUUUUAUUCUAUUUUUAUUAAUUAGUUCAAAAGAUCAGAGCAUGAUAUUAAAAACAGAAAAAUAAUGCUUUUUAAGAGCAAAUAGAUGACAACAUCGAAAUCAGGUUUGAAAGGUCAAAAUAUGACUUAAAAUUUAAAAUUGGAAUCUAAAGUAUAAAAAUGACACAAGUCUAAAUACUGAGUUGAACAAAAUCAAAGCAUGAAAUAAAAAAUCCAAUCAUGUUUGACUUGUAAUCUUGAAAUGAAAAAUUAAAAACAUGACAUAAAACACCAAACAUUCUUGACUUUUUAUCAAAUCUUACUCUUUAAUUUCCCAGAUUUUCGUGGUUUAUUAAGGACAUUUUAAAUAAUGGUGCUAAAGUUUACAUUAUUAUACAGGAGGAAAUCUGCAGACUUCAUACUGAUGGGCCAAUAAUAAUACAAAUAUGACAUGAUUUUGUGGGCCAGAUAUAAUUGUUUCAUAAUAAUUGUUGCCUUGAGUUUGACACUUGUGAUCUAAGACCAAGAUUACAUCAAAACAAUGUACCUGAGUUGUCUCCAAGUAAGCAUUCUUUCAACAUAAUGACCAUCGAUCGUACUUAUUUACAGACUGUGACAUUGUUGGGAAAGUAAACGGAGUAUGUUUUACCUACUCUAAAGAAGGCCGUCCCAGUGGAGAGGCUUUCAUUGAGCUGAAAACAGCAGAGGAUUUCAAGAAUGCCCUUUCCAAGGACCGUAAAUACAUGGGACACAGAUACAUAGAAGGUAAGAAACAUGAACCCGACUGAUGGGUCAGUGAGUGUGCACUCGGUUUGGAGUUUGUCUUGGAACAAAGUUUGCAUAGUAUCAUAUUACUGAUACAAAAAAAAAAAAUGCACCCCCCUCUAUCACUUGCAUUUAUUGAUCUACUCUGGAUUAGUUAUACCUGUUAAGUUAUUGUUACAGUUUUGUUAUUGUUGUUAUAUUGAUUCCCCGUGUAAUACACAUUUCCCCGAAACUGUGUGAGCAUCGUAAAACGUGUUAUUGUGUGUAACUUACCUUUUAUAUUCUGACAUGUGUAUGUCGGUCUGUGUUUCUGCAUAAGUGUUCAAGUCUAAUCGCAGUGAGAUGGACUGGGUGCUAAAACGUAGCGGUCCUGCUGACUAUGACAGCUGCAGUGGCUGCAUGCUGAGACUUAGAGGCCUUCCCUUUGGCUGCAGCAAAGAGGAGAUUGUUCAGUUUUUCUCAGGUAUAAACACAGUCAAAGUCUUGCUCUUUACCCUGUUUGAUUGUAUUACAUCGUACAAAUAAAGUAAGUAUAGUAAUCCUGAGCUAAGUGUUGACAGACAUGCUGUUCAAUGGAAGGUGGAAAAAUAAGGAUUUCAAUGAUCACAAGAAUGUUUUGGCCUGUGCUAUAGGAUCAUAUAACAAGAAGACAGAAAAUGCCAAAAGAAAUAUCUGAUGCAUGCAGGAGGUUUUUACAUUCACUCUUCUCUAAGUCAGACCUGAUGUAGCUCCACAUCAUAUUAUGAGCCUCUUCUGAAUUUAGUAAAAACAAAAGAAAAGGAAAAUCUGAAGUAACAUACACUGUCAGGGUAUGUCUUUUUACCACAUGCUGAGUCACUAGUAAGACACGUGGUUAAUAUUUGUGGAAUUUGUACCAAAUUGUAGCCUCUGUGACAUUUGGCAGCAGGUUUUAGUCAGAUCAAAAGUGGCACAUUGGUCAUCUUCACAUUUAUAAGUUCCUUUUCAAAAUACACCAUGAUAGCAAAAAUGAUCCUUGAUGAACUUAUAGUUGACUUACGAGUAUUGACAACUACACUUUCCUUUUUUUAACUGAUGAACUCAAGCAGUCUAUGAAAACACUACCAUGUAAAAGCAGAUGUUUAGCAACACUUACCAGUGUCUCAUGGCACAAAGUGUUUAUUUGACAUUUUGUUUACCUAUCUGUGCAUCAUAGCCUGUACGUGCAGUUCAUUGUUUAUCUAGUGUAGUCAUACAGUGUUGAGUUUUGUGUUAUUUUAGUGUUGCUUCAAUAUUUUUACUGAGGUGAUGUCAGUGUUAUAUAACCUAAAUUCUAGAGUAUCAAAGAUAGAAUGGGCUGGGUUGGUUUGACUGAGAGUAGACCCACGACACUGAUCUGGGGUCAGUACUGUGAUUCUGCUCAUCGACAGCCUUCAUGGAGAAUAAUCAUCAAUUUAUUACUUUCAUGAUCAGGUUCAUUUCAUUUCCGAUAACUGACAAUUAAGUCAGGGGCCUAAUUUUGGUUGGGGAAUUCAUUCACAUUAAAUUUUCCAUCUGCUGACUCCAGGCCAGUUUAUGUGUAAUAUUUCCCAACGGUCACCUUUCAGGGGGAAAUUCAGUCAUCUGAGAUGCCCUUAUAUCUAAAGCAGUCAUACCAGAAACUACAAGUUAGUCAUACUUGCUGUGAUGAUAUAUGUUAAACCUUAAAGCUCGAGUAAUGAAGAGGGUGAUGUUCUAUUUAUUCUAUACAUCUAUCAGUCUACCUACCGACCUAUGUAUUUAUGUGUGCUUGGGUUGAAGGGUUGAGAAUCGUGCCAAAUGGGAUUACUCUGCCAGUGGACUACCAGGGGAGGAGCACAGGGGAAGCCUUCGUGCAGUUUGCCUCAAAGGAGAUAGCAGAAAAGGCUCUGGGGAAACACAAGGAAAGAAUAGGGCACAGGUGGGACAGACGGGAAGAGGACGGGCUGGACUGGGUUUGGCUUCUAUUGUAGAAUUUAACGGGUGGUGAUAUUAGAGUAAUUAUGGUAUUAAUGGGAUGGAUUCUGUUAUGGUUGAAUGAUAAGCAUGGGUUGGUGAUGUGCAAGAGUAAUUAUGGCAAAACAAUGAUUAAAGGGUUGAAUUAAUUGGGUGGGUCAUGUAAGACUAACUACUAAUGGGAUGGAAUUUAUGGGAUUAUGUGUCGAAACAAAGGUGACUUGUUGAACAUUGGGAUGAAAACGGAUGUAUCUAAGGUAGAGAUGGUUAAAGUAUUUUAUGACAAAAAGAUAGUUACUCAUUUUGUCAUCUUAGUCUGGGAAGCUCUAUAUAAUUGUAUUCAUCAUUUGGCACUUUCUUUAUAUGUGUUUGAAAUAACUCCUCAGAUAAUUUUCUGUGAAAGAGGGGAUUAAGAGUCGAGGUGUAGCAGAAGACAGACGGGUUCUAAACCAUUAAAUUAAAAAGGCAGCAUCUAAAAAGAGAUUUAUUUUUGACUUUCAGAGACAUGAGGUGAGGUUGGUAUAGAUUCUCUUUAUGCCAGCUCUUAGCCCUGCUAACAGUAAGGUUGUUCAGUGGUCAGACACCCAGCUCCUAGUUAAGAAACAACUAUUGAGAUACUAGACACUACUUUGUGUUUACUUUGUGAUGUGUUAGUCAUGUGUGUGUAACCCAGGUUCAGGCCAUAACCCUCUCUUCUGCCCCUGCACGUGAUGGGCCUUUCAUAUUGCAGGUACAUAGAGAUUUUCAAGAGCAGCCGUAAUGAAAUCAGAGCCUACUAUGAGCUGCCCAGGCGGGGGAUGGGCGGCCAGAGACCAGGGCCCUAUGACAGACCCAUGAUGGGAGGCCCAAGAGGAGGGUUUUUCAGUGGUGGGCCUGGCCGUGGUGGGGCUCUGAUGGACACAAUGAGAAGUGGAGGGGGCUAUGGAGGAGGUGUGUACUUUUCUAUUCUACCUCUUUAUAUGGCUCCUUCAAUGACAAAAGUCUAGUUAAAACAGUAGACCCAUUAUUCUUGCAACACAUGUUGACUGAUUUAAAUAUCAGUAUUAAUCUAAUAUCCCAAAACUAUCAUGUGUUUCCUUUAAACCAGAUCAUCCCUGUUUUUAUGGCAUGUUUGGUGGGAAGAUUAACCAUCAAAUGUUUUUAAGCUUUAGAUGAUUAGUUUCUACUCGCUUGUCCGAGUUUUAUUUUAGGUCAUUAUUUUGAAUAUGGCUGUUAGCAAUCAAGCAAGACUGUGGUCCUGUGGUUGAGCAGUUUUUUGUCACCUCUGUCUGUUUUGCAGCAGUCAUGAUGGGGGAAAAAAAGGGUGCAGCUUCAUCUGUUUAAUGUUCAUUUCUUGCUCCGUGUUGUUGUUUGUUUCCAGGUUACGGCAGCUUUGACAGCUACAAUGGCUUCAACAACUACUGCUUUGGUAAUGGCAUGUUUGACGAGCGAGUGAGAGGAGAGAGGGGAGGAAGAGGUAAAGUCCAGUUAUACCCAACUGCAGUGAAGUCAUGCAAAGUUAAUGUUUGAAAGCCUCUGUUUAUACUCAGUUAAUCAGUUUAGAAGUAUCCCUUCUGAGAGGGGGCCACUUUUAAAAAUAGAUGUUUAUGUUUUCAAGGCUGUUUCAACCUUUUUUUAAUAUGUAUAAUGACAGUAUGGGGAAAAACUUUGGUCAUGCAUAAAUAGUUCUAGGAUUAGGUUUUAUAAAGCUGUAUUUGACUUGGUUAGUCACCUCCAAAUUAAAGCUUAACUCACCAAAGAAGACUUAAAUAAAUUCUCAAACACAUUUUUUUAGUGACUUAUUGUUUCGUUAUUGUCAUAUAGAUUCAGAGGUGACUGUGUAAAGGUAGAGUUAAUAACAUGUUGAUGUGUUUGUGCUCAGGGAUGGGAGGCCAUGGUUACGGUGGUCAAGAUGAUGGGUGUUCAGGUUUCCAUAGCGGCCAUUUUGUCCAUAUGAGAGGGUUACCUUUCCGUGCCACAGAGGGAGAUGUUGCUAAAGUAAGAAGGCACCUCAAAAACACAAACUGAUAUCAGUUACCUAUGAUAUUUCUCUUUAGAAACAAGUAAGUUGUUUUCAGGAAGGCUUAUAUAGGAUAUUAUUUUGGCUUUAUCUUGGAAGACCUCCUUAAAAUCCACUGAAGAUAGAUCCACCGUACUUUGUUUCCAUUCUGGUCAUACUCUGCAGUGGUGUCAGUCAGUCAGUCAGUCAGUCAGUCAGUCAGUCAAUCCAUUAAGUUCUUUCAUUUGAGUUAACACUCUCUAAGUUGUCGCUCUGACUUUGUAAUGACCUCUUAAUGUUUAUAAACCUGGGAUUGCUUGUUUACUUUCUGUUUAUUGUGUAGUUCUUCUCUCCUUUAAAUCCACUGAGGGUCCAUAUCGAUGUGGCUCCCAACGGAAAGUCGACAGGAGAAGCUGAUGUGGAGUUUCGCUCUCAUGAAGACGCGGUGGCGGCCAUGUCUAAAGACAAGAACCACAUGCGUAUGUUUUCUUUUCUCCUCUUUAGCUUAUCCAUAUUGGUUUUUGUGACACCAGCAGGUAAUGCUGUUUUACAGCAAAAUCAUGUCUAAAAAUACUCUUGAAUUAAUCACAGAGGAGAGGAUUGGUGACCAACAGAGGCAGAGUAACAUCUCAAAGUUGCUCAAGAUUGAAGGGAUAUUCCGGCGUAAAAUUAAUUUAGGGUCAGACACACCAUAACACAGAGUUAAACACCCCGUUGAGAGAUAAAUGUUGCCGAUCGCUUGUUUCUCUAGUUAUACCAACUUUUGUAACGACCGCACGAUAACAAUACACAGCGGUCCCAGGAGCCACGGACUCAACCAAAACGCCACUCUAUAGCCACAAAUAAUGCUCAGAACAGCACCUAACUUAAUCAGGUGCUGUUCUGAGCAUUAUUUGUGGCUAUAGGGUGGUAUUUUGGUUGAGCGUGUGGCUACUGAGACCACUGUGUAUUGCUAUCAUGCGGUCGUUACUAAAGUUGGUAUUACUAGAGAAACAAGCGAUCGGCAACAUUCAUCUCUCGAGGGGGUGUCUAACUCGUUGUUACGGUGUGUUUGACCAUAACUUAAUUUUACGCCGGAAUAUCCCUUUUAAAAAGGCAUGGGUUUGAAGCAUGACCAUUUGAACAGAACCAACCUUUUAAGCAGCAGUUUGGGCACAAAAAGUCUUUGUUUUAACCUGCAUCAGAAUACUGAAAUAAAAGUAUUCAUCGUGACAGUUUCAUUUAUUACUCAUGAAAAAAAGUCAGUCAGUUUGUUUUCUCUCUACAGAGCAUCGCUACAUUGAGCUGUUUCUGAACUCAACAGCCAGUGGAGCUGCUGAAAUGAGUGAGUUUUUAUUCUCUGUCAUUAAAGAGUAAUGACAGAAUACCCAAUCGUGUGAUAAAUAUGUGGCUGCAGUGCUGAAUAUCUGUACAGUGAAAUGUAAAUAUACUCAACACUGACCUGUAUUAUCAAACUCUCAGGUCGUGGUGGUGGCGGUAGUUACUAUGGUAGCUCUGGAGGGGGCGGAGGCUCACGAAGUGGCGGACUGCGAGGUGCAUACUGAUGAUGUCAUCCAACUUUCCUCAUCCAUCCUGACGUUUGUCUCGCGUGUCUUCAGGCCACCAGACUACAGUUUUAAAGCAGGAGAGCUGAUCUGAAGUCAGUCAUUGAGAAACUGUGUUUGAUCUGAAACGUCACCUCAGACACUAGAAGUGAUUUCAACAGAGCUCUGUGAUGACACCAUUCCCAAAGGCACAUGAAGAACAUCCUCAUCUGUAUGCACAUGUUGGAGCUGUUGGAGGUGCUGGACAAAGGUGAGGGAUCACCUGGGAAGUUUCUCAUUCGUCUUUAUUUCUGAAAGAGUUGGAGGUUUUAGUUUAGUUUGUCAUGGUUCACAUGAAAAGUCAAUUGAGAAGAAAUCCAAUGUUUUCCUUUGACGAAGCUUUGAGUGGUAUUGUUGAGGGGCUUAUUGAAUGUUAAGAGUGACUUAAUCGGGAUGCACUUUAAAUAGUUGAAGCGAGUGAUGCUCUGUAGGAGGUACAGCAAUGAAAUGUUGAACGCGCAGCUCUAUUGUUAAGAGGUCUCUUUUCAACCUUAUUUUGUUCAUUUUUUGUUUCCUGUUUUAGAUUGAUGGUUAAACUUGUUUGAGCAGAACCCUGGAUCCUUUUACGCUGUGAUACAGAUUCAAACUGAGGUUCAAAUGAUCUUUCCUGCUUUGAAAAAAAGUUUGAUAAAUGUGAGCCAGUGUGUUUUUUAUGAAUGUUUUCACAGUUCAUUACAGAAUAUAAAACUAAGUUGAAUAUUGUAUUCUGCUCUCAAAGAGCGGAAGUAAAAUAAAUCCUCUAUAUUUGAGCUGUAAGAUAGCUAAUGCAGCUGUUGUACAUUUUGCUGAAUAAAUUUUAUAUUUAAUUCUCU